AUGGAAAUCAAGAUUAAGAAGAUUUAUGAAACUUCACCAGUACCUUCGGAUUAUGCGUGCCCUUCGGAUAAUACAGAAAUACUUCUAGGAAAUGCUUCAAUUUACAGUACUGGUGAUUCAGCGUGCGUUGAUAAUUUAGCGUUGUGGGAUAUGACGGCCGCAUUGGAAUGGGUCAAUCAGAAUAUUGCUGCAUUCGCCGGCAAUCCGAACAACGUUACUGUGUUCGGACAAAGUGCUGGUGGUGCUUCAGUGGAUUUACUUUCGCUGAGUCCCGUUUCACGAGAUUUAUUCCACAAAGUCAUCCCAAUGUCUGGAAAUGCGUCGUGCGAGUGGGCAAUAAAUGAGGACGUUAUAAGAACGUGCAUACAGUUUGCAGCCAAAACUGGUGUGGAAGAAACAAAUACCGUUGAGUUUAUCAAAAAGUUACGAAAAGUUGAUGCGAUGAAAUUUGCCACAUCGUUGAGAGCACUCAAGAACGAAACAAGAACCAUAAAAACUGAAAUCGGGCCGCGCGUUGAUGGCAAUUUUUUGCCGAAACAUCCGAGGGAGAUGCGGCUCGAGGCACCUAUAAAGCCAACAUUAGUUGGCACAUGCCAGUACGAGGGUUUGCUAUUCCGUAAGUUCGGUUCUUUUUUAAUUUAA